GCAGACGGCUUGGACAACGACAACGCAACGACAAAGUAGGCAAUAAAAGCGGUUGGCACCGAAUAAGUGCACUUAUUAACAUCCAUUCUUUUUACGGUUUUUACACCAGCAAUUUUUUACGCGUUCUCGCCGUUUUAUCAAGUGCAGCAGUAUCUUGCCCAGUGCGUGCAUAUAAAUACUAAAUAUUACGUAUCAGUGCGGUAGGGGCCAAGAGCAAAGGCAUAGAAAAAAUAAAGAUCUAAAAAUAUUUCUUAGUCGACGUGAAAGUAGCCGUGCUAGUAGUAUCUUUUAUUUUGCAAAACGCUGCCACAACCAAUAUUUUUUAAUUGCGAAAAUGGUAUUGAAAGUAUACGUCAGUAACCUGUCUGGAAACAAGGAGGUAAAGAAACGCCAGCAGCGAGUGCUGAUGAUCUUGGAUAGCAAGAACAUCCAAUAUGAUAUUGUUGACAUUGCCGAGCCCGGCAAGGAGAGCGAAAAGGAACACAUGCAGAACAAAUCGACGAGCAACGGUGGCACAGUAAGUGAUCCGGAGCCGAGGCAUCCGCUCCCACCGCAAAUAUUCAACGAGGAUGAAUACUGUGGCGACUAUGAUGCCUUCGAUAUGGCCAAUGAGAUUGACACGCUUGAAGUUUUCUUGAAACUGGCCCCAGCCGAUACCACAGCAGUGAGCAGCGCUCAAAUCGAACUGAAGCAGGAGAACGGCGAGGCCAAGGAGGCUGAGAAGGCUGCAGAUGCGGAGGCAGAUGGUGAGAAGCCCGCGGAUGGUGCUUCGGGUGAUGCCAAUGGUGAAGCGAGCGAAGCGGAUAAGGCAGAGAAAAAAGACGAUGAAAAUGGCGAGGCUACAAGUGAGAAUAAGGAAACGACAGAAACCGAAGGCAAUGAAAAGAAGGAUGAAAACAGCGAGGAAAAGCAGCUUACAGCAGCGACCUUAUCGAGCACAACGACUGCAGCUCCAACGGGCAGUGGCCACAAAUCAAAAAACAAUAGUUCGGAGCUAUCGGAAUCUGCGCUACUGCUGGGAAGCGAACGCGACGCGUCAGCGCAGUAGACAGCGUUCCCUCUAAGGAUCUCCGAAAGUUCUCAAUUUCUUUCGUUAUGAAGAACCUAUAUUAUUACCCUGUAUUCCCAAAGCUUAAAAUGGUACAAUAGCGUUAUCAAAAUAUACUUAACAAACAAAUCGACUUGAAUUGCAGGUCCGUUUAAGCUUCUGAUCAUCAAAAGAUUUAAAACCUUUCAUCUUAAAAGCACCAAACUAGCUUCU